AUGAUAGGAAUAGGUUUUAGAGAUAUUAUAUAAAAGAAUAAUUAUGAAAAUUCAUAUGAGAUUGGAAAAGGGUAUUUAUUAUUAUCAUAUAUUAAUAAUAGAACAUAUUAUAUUAAUUAUAAUGGUAAUUAUUACAAUCAUGAUUAAUAAAAUAAAAAUGAUAAAUAGAUUUCAUUUAAAUUACAAAAAAUGAUAUGA